AGUGGCCUUGAACAAGCACUUCUCUUGUUUGUCAAAUCUGGGGAUUUCUUACUUUUAUACAAGCCAGAAAUAGAAAAGUUCUUUUCAAACAGAAAGGCAAAAAGUGUCUCGAAGAUGCUUAUUAUUAAUUCAUCGAUUGGUUAAGGAAAUGGGUCGAGGACUUAAAGCAGAACAACUUCUCUAUCUUUGAGAGUCCCGUUCAUUUGAGUCAGAUAUGGCAAACGAAGAGGACAGCAGUGUCAGCGAAGAGUUUGACGAAAGUCUUGAUCUGCAGGAGCUUCAUAACCAUGUCAAAGACAUCAUAACUAGGAUACAGAGAAAGAAAGAAAAUCUAGAGGAGUUUGUUUCGUCUAUGAAAAAAGAGAACAAAAUAAACAAAACUGUCCUGAAGCGAUUUCAAAAUAUUGAAUAUGAGUUCAAAGAAGGUAGAAAGAGUAAAGCUGAAUUCAAGGAGCUGCAGCAACGUGUUGAUGAUCGGAUCAAAGACGUCGAGGGUAAGCUUGAAAGUAUAGAGAACGCUUUGCAGUAUAUAUCGUUAAAAGAGAUGCAAAUUAGCGCAGUCAAAGAAGAGAUCUCCAAAUCCCCUGAUGAUGAAAGCCACCGUGAAGAAUUAUCGAAGUUCAAUAAUGAAGUUCAGUCUUUAUUCAGUGAAACAAAAAUUAAAUUCCGAGAAUGUAAGAAAGUCAAGCUUUCAUUGCUUACGAAGUUUAACCCUGAAGAUCUCAUUCAAUCAGUCAAAUCGUGGGAAAAAGCUGCAGAAGUUGCAAGAGAAAUCUCACGAAAAGUGAAUGAUCUACAAAAAGAGCUUCAAAACAAAGCUGCUGCUGUAGACAAGAUUGAGGAAGAAUUAAAGCAAGAAAAAGAGAACGCCAAAGAACAAGAACAAGAGCUGCUGAGACUUGCAGAAGACAUGAAGAUAGAAGAUGAAAGUAAAAAAGAACAAGCUGUCCUCAUUAAUACUUUUCGUUCGCUUUUAGACGAAAGUGAGAAACUUGUUCGUAACCUUGAGGCUCAAAACAGCAAUCUAAACCAGAUCAUCCUGGAUGAAAGGAACAGGGUUUCAGACCUGAGGGGGAAGCUGUGCGAUUUGCAGGAACAAAUCCAAUACGAAAGAAAGAGUAACAGAGAAAUGGAUCUAAAAUUUGAACACAUGAAAGUUGAAUUCCACACAGCUAAAAAUGAGAACGAAGGGUACAAGAGAGACUUGGAAAUGAUUCGAAAAGAACUGGACGCCAUUAAAGAAAUCAAAGACCAAGUUUCAAAGAAAGCGACGAAACCAGACGAUGAGACCUUGUCAGGGGAUAGCCUUGAAGACUUGGAGGAAAAUCUUGAAAUUAAAGAUAAACUAUUGAAUGAAAAGUAUUUUGAAGUCGAACAGCUCAGGUCAGAGUUAGAGAAGAGUUCAAAAAGAGUGAGAGAGUUAGAAAAUGAUAUUUCAUCAAUAACCGAAGAUAAAAAAGCUGCAAAUGAUAAACUACAGGUAAAGGAAAGAGAAGUCGAGGAGCUGACGGAUAUAUUGAGCGAUACCCAGACUGCCUUGGAAUCAGAGAAACUCGCAAAAGACCAAUUUGUGAUCAAGUGCGAGAUGCUUGAGAGAAAAAAUGCACUGAUUGAGCUUCAGUUGCAAGAGUAUGAUGAAAAAGAUGGAAAAGAUAAUGAAGAAGACAUAGAGGAAGAGAUGCGAAAUCUAAGAGAAAUGCUACAAGAGGAAAAACUAAAAGUAGCUGAGAGCACUUCUAUGAUUGAGGAAUUAGAAGAGCAGUUGAAAGCUUCAGAAGAAUUGAGAGAAUACGAGGAAGAUAUCAAAACACGAUCUAUAGAAAACAUCGUUCAUGCUGAGCUUGAAAACAGAAAGUUGAUGGAAAUAGUAGAAGAACUUAGAGAGAAGCUAUCAGAGAAAGACAGUGGUAUCGAGGAAUUGAUCGCCCACUGCGCUGUGGAGGAGCUUAAACUACGAGAAGAGGUUAUUGCAUUAACCAAUCAACUACAAAUAUACAAACGUGAUUGUGUUUAUAAAGCGAACAUCAUUGAGAGGCUAAGACGACAGGUAUCUCGUGGAAGCGGGCUUGAUGUUGUGGAUGAAGAAGAUGAGGAAACAGAGACUACUGCACUGGUGAAAGCGGCUAAGCUGGAAAGGCAGCUACAGGAAGAAAGGCUCAAGACAAUGAAAUACGAAGAGRUUUUAUUGACUUUGAACAAGCAGUAUGAAGAAGCCGAUGGAGUCAUUCGCGAGAAGGAUCAUGAGCUGUCCAAAAAAUCUGCAGAAGAUGGAAAACGUAUAGCUGAACUGCUACAGGAGCUGGAAUCAGACAAAAAGGCAAUUACGGAGCUGGAAGAGCAAAUUGAGAAUCUUGAAGAGAUACUUUCAUUAAAGGAAGUAAUCGAUAAAAUGGAGACUGCUGGUGAUGAUACGGAAAAUCUUCACGAAGAACUCAAAGAUAUGAAGGAUGAUUACGCAGCCAAGAAGCUCAGGCGUAAGGAUGAUUUGAUAUCUGAAUUGAAACAACAAGUUGAAACUUUGAAGAAUCAGGUCGAUAUUGAGCAGAAACGCUUGCAGAAACAAGAAGACUUGAUUGAAGAACUCAAUGAUGCAAGAGACAAAGUGAAUGUUUUAGAGGAUGAAACCUUUUGUCAGAAAGAAUACAUUGAAGAACUGAGCGACAGAGUUGCUGAAGGUCAAAAACUGAUAUCAGAACUAGAAGGCGUGGCUGAUAGAGAGAGAAUGCGAGUUGCCACAAUUGAACAGCUACUUCUGCAAGAGAAACAAACUUACUCCAAGCACUUGGAUGGCGUAAAAGACUUGAAGAAGAAAGUCCACAAGUAUCAAAAUCAUGUUGGAAAGUUAAGAUCCAAGGUUGAUCGUAUAAACAGAAAUCUUCCAGAGAUGUUUUCACCGAGAGAUGACUCCAAGACAGAGCCUACAAAAGAGAAUAUUUCACCCGUGCAAGAGAAAGAUUCAGUUAAAGAAUCUAUCAUCAAAGAGGUUGCCACUAACGUAAGCGCUGUGGAAGAAAAGAACGAAAAACUCAACGAUAAAGAGGAAGAAAGAGGCAAUGGCAAAGAAGAAGAUGAGAAAAUUGACCAGUUACUCACAAAGUCGAAAGAAUGUGAAGAUUUGGUUGAAUACAUGAAAGAUGAGCUGGAACUCGUGAGAAAAAGAUACCAAGGACUUAGUGGCGAGUCUUCUGAGAACGACAGCCUCCCAACACGCGAUCCAAAGGUGAUUUCCGAGGAGAUACAGGAAACUACAGACGAUGAGCUACAUGCAAAUCCAAUGCUCUUGUUUCCGCUGAUUGAUGAUGAGAAGGAAAAUGAGGGAGAUGACGAGCAAGAGGAAGGAGAAUCUGGGGAAACUAUUUACUUUGACGAUGAAAGUGAAAAACGAGAUGUGCAGGCUCAAGAACAAGAACGAGAAAAUAGCCAAACGAAGCAACGUGAACUCCUUCAUCACCUUUUGAUAUUCGAAAAGGUCUUUGAACAAAUCUUUGCCGAGGAAGGAAAAAGAAUAGAUGUCGUUCUUGAGAAAUUUAGAAGCGUUAUCCAGAAGAACACAGAACUUGUUGCCAUUUUACAGAAUCUCCGACAGACUCUUUCCGAAGCAAGGAUUGAAAACGAAAUGAAAGAAAAUGAAAUAGAACAGAUGAAAAAGGAAAUCGAACACCUUGAAGAAAAAGGCAAAGAAAAGGAGAACGACCAUCAAUAUAUAAUCGAAGAGAUGAACAAAGAAAAUGAAGACCACAUGACAAGAGUCAAUCAGUUACAAGAAAAUCUGUCGGUUGAGCAACUGCUCAAGUCGGAAUACGAACGAGAAAUAGAAAAUUUGAAAAAUAAGAUAAUUGAAGAAAGGGAGGCAGCAGAGCAACUCCGAGAAGACGUUGAACGAGAAACCAACGCAAGGUAUGACUUUGAAGUGAAGUUGAGGGAGAUUGAAGAUGAAGCAUACAAUAGUGCAAGCAUUAUAAAUGAGCUUCAGAAAGAUCUGGAAACGGAGAGAAAAUGCUUUGGUGUUGUAACCGAACGCCUUCAAGAAGAGCAACAAAGACUAAAAGAAUUAGAGAGCUAUGUAAAAGAGACUGAAAAACUGGCGAACGAUGAUAAAGAGUUAGUUGAAGAGCUACGCAAAAGUCUUUCUUCUGAAGAAAAGCAGAGAAUGGAGUUUCUAAACAAGCUUGAAAAGCUGGAGAAUGAUAGCAUUGAAAAAGACGAAGCAAUAAAUGAGCUGCUGAAUCAGCUUGGAAACGAAAGGAAUAAAAUGGAAGAGCUCUUUGCCGAAAUUGACCUUGAAAAGAUGACAAAAGCCAAAGCCGAAGCAAAGCUGCGAGAAUUGGAGGAAAACUUUAAUAGGGACGAAUUGAUUUUUGAGGAGCUUAGAAGAAACGUUGACUUAGAAAGCGCAAAGAACCGGGAGAUUUCUGAAAUAUUGGAUAAGGAACGAGAAAGAAACUUCGAUCUCGAGGAGAAAACAAAGGAACUUGAGAAACAAGUGUUGAUGGAUCUGGAGCUGUUUGAUGAAUUGAAAACUACCAUCGAGCAAGAGAGAGAACACAAUAGGGAGCUUGAUGCUUUACUAAAUGAGAAAAGUAGUGCUUAUAAUAACAGGGACAAGUUACUUGCGGAGCUAGAUGACCAGUUAGCUGAAAUAAGAGCUGCUUUAAAGAAAGAGGAACUCCGAAACGAGGAACUGGAACAGAAACUCAAAAAAUCAGCUGAAAAUGAGACUGUUGUGAAAGAUCUUCAAGACAUGCUCAAAUCUCAAAUCAUCCAUGCUGGAGAAUUAAACCAAAAGGCUCAAGAGCUGACAGAAACAAAUAAAGAGCAAUCCCAGAAAAUCCAGACACUAGAAACUGCUUUGGCAAAACUGAAAGAAAUAUCUGCUCAGGUGUCUAAGGAGCUGGAAGAAGACCUGGAAGCCUGGGGAGAAUUUGUUGAUGACACUGAUGAUAAGAUGGAUGCAGAUGAAGUCAUGGCUGACUUGAAUGGCAAUGUUGAUUACAGCACAGAAAGUAAUGCUUUCAGAAUGAAAGCGCUUUUAAACAAUGAGUUGAAGAUUAAAAAGAAGCUCAUCAUCAAAACAGAUGAAUAUAAAAAACAGCUCAAUGAAAACUGCCAAACAAUUUCACAGUUAAAUGACGCCAUGGAGUCUCAUAGACACGACAUAAGAGCAAUUGAAGAAACUCUUCAUGCAGAGAGAAAACAAAGAGAAGACAAGGAAACAAAACUGAACAAGGCCGAAAGUGACUUACUGGAAGAAAGAAAACAAAGAGAAGACAAUGAAACNAAACUGAACAAGGCAGAAAGUGACUUACUGGAAGAGAGAAAACAAAGAGAAGACAAUGAAACGAAACUGAACAAGGCAGAAAGUGACUUACUGAAAGAGAGAAAACGAAGAGAAGACAAUGAAACAAAACUGAACAAGGCAGAAAGUGACUUACUGGAAGAGAGAAAAAAUGCUGAUAACUCGAAGAUGGAAUUGGAAAAAUUAAGUCAAAGGUACAAAGAGACCGGUGUUGAGAUCGAAAAAUUAACUAAAUCAAUAGAAGAAAAAGCAAAAGAAGACGACAAUAAAAUGAUAACAAUACAGAAGCUGCAAAAUGAAAAGGAGAACGCACUUAAAGAAAAGAAAGAGAAAGAGGAUGAAUGUGAAUUGAUGAAAACAUAUUACGAAGAAGAGAACAAGUUCGCCAAAGAACGUCUGGAGCAGAUUCAGUCACUCAAGAAGCAGAUUGAGGAAUUAGAACAAGUUCUAAACAAAAAAGAAAUCAUCCUGACUGAGUUAAGAGAAGAAAAUGAUCAUUUAUCUUCGAAGGUUCAAGAGACCAGCAAUAAUUUUAAAACACAAGCUACUGUUUUAAAGGAACACAAAGAAAAGUUGAAGAAUAUGGAUGCGAAGGAAAAAUACAUUAAAGACCUUCAAAAGGAAAUAGAAGAGCUCUCCCACUUGCAUCGACCCAAUAAAGAGGCAACAGAGAAAACAGAGACUGAAACACCAAACAACGGCAUCAUGACACAUCUCAAAGAAAUCGAAGACGAAUUCGAUGGUUUGGAAACCGAGCUUUCACAAAAAGAUGAACAGAUCAAGAAACUCAAUGAGGAAUGCCUCAAAGCUAGAAGUGAGAAUGAAGAAACUGAGAAACAUGCAUCAAAAUUGCAAGAUCAAAUAGAUAGUUACAAAAAAUUGUUGAAACGACAUGAAGCGCAUGCGCAAAAGUCUGCUAAUGCCAUGGAAAAAGCACGGCUUCUGUGUGAAUUACUCCAGACUGAUAUUGAAAUUAAAGACCUGACUAUCAGUCAACUAAACAGUGACGUGUAUUCUCUGAAAUUUCAAAUGAAAGACAAGGAUAUGGUAGGUAAAAAUGUUGACAUGCCACCUCCAUACCGAGCGAGAAAGUACGAGGAAGAGCAAGCUGUCAAGGAACUUAGAAGUGAUGCUCAAGUAGCUUUGCCUAACACGAGCCAGAAAUACGAUAUAUUGAAAGGAAAAGAUGAACAGACGAAAAAGUUACGCGAGCAAAUCAUUCACAUGGCUAAGGUGAUGGAAAAGUCUAAAGAGCAUUACCAAAGAGUCAUUGCAGAAAAAGACAUGGAGAUAGACAAGCAAAAAAAGACGAUAGCAAUGAUAAAGAACUUGUACCACAGCCUCAAGACUGAAUCUAAGAGAGAAGAGAUUUUUAGUGACGUUCAGCUUUUGAUACCAGAAAAAGAAACAAACGACGCAGUUGUCAUAAUGAAUGACUUAGAAAAACAACUAAAAUCAAUGAAAGACGAGUUACAGAACAAAGUUGAAGUAGUCAAAAGUCUUAAAGAGAACAUAACAGAAAUUAAGCGUGACAAUGAAGAAAUAGAUAGGAAUUUGCUAAGUCGCAAGGAAAACGUACACAAGCUACUGUCCAUCCAGUUGGAGGAAAAAGAGAAGAAGCUUAAACGCAUGGAAAACCUCCUUGAAGGCCUGAAGGAAAUCUACYAUGGUAAGGGUGAAAAAGAAUCUCGGGAGGCAAGCGAAGUCAAAGAUUCCUCUGUGCUGCCUGUGGACCCUGCACUAGAUAGAGGUGAUGCUGAAGCAAAGCCUCAAAAUGACAAUGAACGUCAACUGCCUAGAGAAACAAGUAGCUGUGAGGAGACUGGGGAAACCAUCCAUGGAGAUAAAUCUGAGAAAGAAUUACAAACAGAAAAAGAGAUGGUUGCUAAAGAUAAUGAUAUUUUCGAAGGUCACCAAGAUCUAUCUAAAAUUGAUGACAAAACGGAUGGAAAUGGAAACCCUGAUAAGGAUUUUAACCCUGUAAGCACCUCUCAAGAUAUUGAAGACCAAAAUAAAGAUAAUGACAAUGAAGAGGCAGAUCAGAACCGGUUGGACCCCCUUGGCGAGCAAGCGUUAAUGGAAACCUGCAUGCCACUUGAUAUCCAACCAAGCAAAGCGAAGCGUUUGGCUUCAGAAAACGUCAAUGAUAAAGAUUUUCCAACAUCAGGCUGGAAGGCUAAACUUUUGGCGUAUGUUGUUAUUGGAAUUGGUUUAAGUUUUCUUCCUCAAUAUCUUAAGGACAACACACUCAGAUUAGUAUUGGCGGGGGUCGCGACUCCUCUUUUCUACCUUUUGUCGGCAAUUGAAGUAAAAGUUUAUCGUAAAAAGGCCGAAAACUAUUUACGAACACUUCAAGUAAACGGAGAAAGCAUUCCUGAAACAACUUUAGAGGAUGAUUAUUUACUUGGCGAAGAAAGAAAACUAAAAGUAGAAAGUGACAAGAAAGUAAUCGAAGGAUUAAAAGAGCAGCUGGAACUAGAAAUAAAAGCAAAAACCGCAAAGGAAGAAGAUAUGGAGGUUAAUGAUGAGAGUGACGUCUUACAAGAACAAAAAAGAAAGGUCUGUUAUCUUGAAAAAACGUUACAUGAUCUAGAAAUGGCAAAAAUUGAAGAACAGGAACAAAAUAAGUCGAACUUCGAUGAGUACAUCAAGCUUAGGAAUGCAGUUGAAGAAUUGCAACGAAAGCGUGACGCAGAAUCCAAGUCUAGAUUAGAGCUGAAAGAUAUCCAGAAGCACAAUCCUGCAAAACUUGAAAGGGAUGUCAAGUUAUUUUCUCUCCGUCUACGAUCAUUGCCAUUAUGGAUUGCACUAGCAGUGGGUAUCUACCAGUUAACAGCACUCCAUCCAGCAGCACCGUGUAGCAUAAUAAUUCUCCUUACUCUGUAUGCAGCAAAUUCGUGGUUUAACAUUAGGAACUUUAAGAAGAAGUUACUGGAAGAAAGAGAAGCGGCAGAGUAUAAAAGCGCGGAACUGGAAGACUUGACAGAGCUUCUUGAAAACGAACACGAGGUCGUAGAAACGCAGAAAGCUGCCAUUGAUAUUAUGGUGCGGGAAAUAGAUAACGAAUAUGUCAGUAGAAAGGGAAAGACAGUAACAUUAGCCAAGAUGAUAUUGCAAAUGAAAGAGUUGGAAGAAAUGAGAUGCGCGCUUAAAGACGAGAAUGUGGGGCAAGCUAAAGAUAAUGAAAUGGAUGCAGCAAUGAAAAACGUUUCCAGACAAAACGCUAGUGAAAGAGUACGACUGUAUUUUGAAGUGAGCCGAAAAUUUCCAGAGCUCGAAGAAGACUCUUUAGACGACUUUGGAGAGCUUGGCAAAACAGUAAAGGAACUGGCCACUUUUGCAGAGGCGCAAAAUGAAAAUCAAUCAAAGACAAUGCCAAUAGCAAACCCAGGUAACGCACGGAAAAACAGUUAUGGGCAAAAGUUAAUAACAGCCGUUGGAGUAACACUAACCACUAUUGCCAUGGUAACCUCAAUUAUAUUCAAGUCGUAUAUACCAGCUGUUCUAAUGGCCGUUCAACUUUUCAUUUUUUUGCUGUCUCGAAGACAACGAAAAUAUUAUGAACGAAAUGAAGCUAGUCCUGAAGAACUUCAAGCUAAACUUGAACAGGAAGUAAAAAGAAACAAAGCAAACAGACUUCAGAUUGGAAAACUAAAAAGACUUUUGGCUACAGAAAAAAGCUUAAAAAAGUCUGAUGAAGUUGCUAAAGAAAUCCGACUCAGAGUCAAAGAACGAGCUCAGAAGAAAAAAAUGGCGAUCUAAAUGAUGUAAAGUUUGAGAUACAAAUGCUAUUUUUAGGAUUUCAUUCUAUUUUGGCCAUUGACAGUAUGACCAAGGAAAAUGAGUCAGAAAAGAUGAAACUUGAGUAAAUAGAAAACAAUUAAUAAGCCAAGACAACGCAAGAAACGCUUGGGACGCAAGCACAAUGCCAAAAAAGCCACGCAACUCAGUAUCAUUAUAAUUUGUAUUAUAAUAAGGCAUUUAUACCAGGCCAGCGUUUUGUUGUAAAUUAUAGACGCCGUGUUUGCGUAUUUAAUAUUUUUUAGGUAUGUUACUGUUUUAUUCAGUAUUGAUUUAUUAGAUCGAUAACAUUUGAUAAAAAAGUCUUAGCACUUAUCAUAGCACUUGAUGUAAAGCAUGUGAAUAAUAUCGUUUAAUAAAGUUAGAUUAUCCUUUAUAAAAAGUCUUUAUUGUUAAA